GUGGCAUGGAGGGGACAAAGGCUGCAAUGCUCCCGAUGGGGCCGACGGGUCUCAGGGUGCUGGGGGCAGUGGGGCUGGUGCUGAGCUGCAAGGCAGCAGGCGCCUUCGUGAUGCACGUGGCCAGCUCCUGCCCACUGGUGGCCAAUGGCUCGCUGGGGGGCUUCGACCUCACUGUGGCCUUCAACAAGAACCCGCUGCUGUGCUACGACCCCGACGGCCGCCGCUUCACUGCCUGCGACUGGGGGCUGCUGCACAAUAUUGCCACGUGGCUCGCUGCCAUCCUAAAUAACGAGAUCAUCUGGGUGCAGCGUGCGGAGGCACGGAGACGGGUGUGCAGCGAGCUGGCUGCACAGUUCUGGGCACACACGGCGCUGCGCAGGACACCGCCCCAGGUCCGCAUCGUCCCCAUCCCUGUCCCCAACGACCCCGACACUGUCCGCCUCACCUGCCACGUAUGGGGCUUCUACCCGCCCACGGUGACCAUCCAGUGGCUGCACAAUGGCCUCGUGGUGGCCUCAGGUGACACCAAGCUGCUGCCCAGCGGAGACUGGACCUACCAGACACAGGUGGCCCUGAGGGCCAGCACCGCGGCGGGGAACACCUACACGUGCUCGGUGGGGCACGCCAGCCUGGAGCAGCCGCUGCAGGAGCACUGGAGUCCCAGUUUGUCCCCGGGGAUGACGGUGAAGGUGGCAGUGGCGGCCAUGGCGCUGACACUGGGGUUGGUGGCACUCAGCGCUGGGAUUUUCAGCUUCUGUCAUCGGCCACGGGCACGGGGUGAGGGAUGGGGACGCUUUGGUGGGGAUGCGUGUGACACCGAGGAUCUGGUGUCCAGUGUGGGGUGUCCCUCCUCAUUCAUCAUCUUCUGUGUGGCAGGUCCUGGUGCUGGUCCCGGUCCCCAUCCUGAUGCGGGUUCUGAUUCCAGUCCUGGUCCCCAAACUGACCCUGGUCCAAGUUCUGGUCCCCAUCCCAGUCCUAGUCCCCAUCCCAGUCCUGGUCCCCAUUCUGGUCCUGGUCCUGGAUCUGCUUCUGGUUCCCAUCCCUGACCCUGGUCCUGUUCCCCAUCCCGAUGCCAGUCCCAGUCCUGGUUCCCAUCCUGGUCCUGCCCCUCGGUUUGGGGACCUCAAUGACUGGAACUCCCGUGUCCCAGCAUGGGGAUCCUCAAUUUGGGGUGAGGGACUCUCACCCCCUAAUAAAACCAUCUACAGCCCCAACCCCGCUCCGAUUCUUUGUUCCCACGUUGGGUGGGUGGAGCCCCCAGUGCUCCCAGUGGUCCCAGUCGUCUAUGUCCCGUCAGCGUCGACCCGGCUGCAUUCUGCUCCGGUAACAGAUGAUGCUCCCGCGGCGCCGCCUCUGAUUGGCUGCUCCGUGCCCCCCCCGCCCCACCUCCGUGAGGCGCGGGAGGUGGCGUGGAGGGAGCAGAGGGGCCGCCCCCCCCCGCCCCCCCCCUCCGCGAUGUUGGUGCUGUUGGGGCUGCUGCUGGGAGCGCGGGGGGCAGGCGCCUUCAUGGUGCACGUGGCCAGCUCCUGCCCACUGGCAGCCAACGGCUCGCUGCUGGGCUUCGACCUCACCGUGACCUUC